CUCCACACCUUUCAUUAUGCAUGCGACAGUGAGAAAGAAAAAAGUCAAAAAGUUGAACUGUGAAAAAAUGCUGCGUAUUUUUUCAUAUUAACGUGGUUGCGUUUUAAUUUUAUUUUUAUUUAAUAACAAUACAAAUUUGAAAUUAUUAAAUUGCCUAAAACAAUAAAAUAUUAAGUGGAUUUAUCGAAACAAAUGCCAGAAAGUUGAAAUUUCUUAGAGAAAGCAUUGAAAAACUCAAGUGAAAAGUGUUGGAAAAAAUCGUUAGGGAAACUAUUUUCCCUACGCAAAAAAAUUGUGGUUAUGUUGUUUUGAUUGUACUAACGAACGAGAGAAUUCCAAGAAUUCAGCCGCAAUUUGUGAAGCAAAUAAACGAAAAGACAAAAAAUAAUACAUAAAAAAGAACAAAAUAGUGAAUAAUUGAAAUUUAUUAAGAAAAGGAACAAAAACCGCGAACAAAUUUUCAAUGGAUUUAUAAUGAAAAUUCAAUAAAAAGGCCAAUAUAACGCCCUCUCACUCUCUGCAUCCAUAAAUAAAGGCCAGACAAAAGACGCCUUGUUAAUUUAAACACAAUACAGACGACGAAUACUUCAUUCAUUGUUGUUGCUGCUGCUGCUGUUUCAACUAUUGUUGCUGUUACUCUAGCUGAUACUGCUGCUAGUGUUAUUAAUUUUGCUGUUGCUGCUCGUUAAUGUUUUCUACGACUUUUGAUUGUUGUUGUCCGGCUAGAAGUAAUUAUUGUUGUGCGAAAAGUAAUUUCAAACAUUGAUCAAUGUUCGAGUCUCACUAUAUAAAUGCAACAGCAGUAAAUACAGUGUCGACGGGAGCAGGUGGUAGUGCUACAACUGGAAAUUGUAUCAUAAAACCCGGCACCUCUUAUGCCUCAAGCGCGGGUACCAGUGCCAGUGAAAGUACAAGUAAGGUAGCAACAUCGCUGACUUCGGUAGGCAGUUAUUCCAAUAUGUCGGCCAGCCGUAAAACUUCCAUGUCCAGCGACAGUCAAGUAACCAAAGCGUUACAACAGCUUUCAAUGGGAGAGAGUGUAGAGGUAGUGCCCGAUAAUUUCUGUCCGUUGUGUUUUCAAGCCAAGCGGCAUCAUGAGGCUAUAGAGUCCAUUGAAUGUGAUCGUCAACCAUGGCGUAUACGAGAACGUAUGAAAACCGCUAGUGUGGCUUUAGUGUUAUGCCUAAAUAUUGGUGUAGAUCCGCCAGAUGUGAUUAAAAUUCAACCUUGUUCACGCUUGGAAUGCUGGAUAGAUCCCUCUUCAGUUUCGGCAGCCAAGGCCAUGGAUCUAAUUGGUUCGAAUUUACAAAUGCAGUACGAGAGAUGGCAGCCAAGGGCACGCUACAAAAAAUGUCACGAUCCUACCGUAGAGGAUGUGAAAAAGUUGUGCAUUUCUCUGCGACGCAACGCUAAGGGAGAACGUAUUUUGUUCCACUACAAUGGUCAUGGUGUGCCCAAGCCUACAGCUAACGGUGAGAUAUGGGUAUUCAAUAAAACCUUUACGCAGUACAUACCCUUAAGUAUCUUUGAGCUGCAAAGUUGGAUGGAUGAUCCCUCAAUUUAUGUAUACGACUGCUCAAAUGCCGGCAUUAUCAUCCAGUCCUUUUUGCAGUUUGCCGAACAACAAGAGCGGGAAGUGCAAAAAGCUAUAGCGGCUGCCCAACGUUUUCACCCGGGCGUUCAAUCGUCUAAUCUGCCCCCCAGUUACAAGAAUUGCAUCCAUUUGGCCGCCUGUUCAGUGGGUGAGAUUUUGCCCAUGAAUGCCCAGUUGCCGGCUGAUUUAUUUACCUCCUGCCUUACCACACCCAUAAAUAUUGCCUUAAAAUGGUAUACGAUGCGUGAGAAAUUUGUUUUGGUGCCCCGCCUGCAUACAGAAUUCAUUGAUAAAAUACCGGGAAAGGUGAAUGAUCGACGCACCAUGUUGGGAGAACUCAAUUGGGUAUUUACUGCCAUAACAGAUACCAUAGCGUGGAAUACCUUGCCACGGGAGUUGUUUCAAAAACUAUUCAGACAAGAUCUACUAGUGGCCAGCUUGUUUCGUAAUUUCCUUUUGGCGGAAAGAAUUCUUCGUUCUCACGAUUGUACGCCAGUAUCGCAUCCGGCAUUACCACCCUGCUUCCGCCAUCCCAUGUGGACUGCCUGGGAUUUGGUGGUAGAUUUGGCUUUGCAGCAAUUGCCGGAUAUUUUAGAGCAUGGUGCUCCCUACAAACAGCUGCCCUUCUUUGAGGAGCAACUUACAGCAUUUCAAGUUUGGCUAGAUCGUGAGUCAGAGUCACGCACUCCACCCGAACAACUGCCCAUCGUUUUGCAAGUUCUCCUUUCGCAAGUUCAUCGCUUAAGAGCUUUGGAGCUUUUGGCUCGUUUUUUGGAUCUGGGUCCCUGGGCUGUGGAUUUGGCUCUGGGUGUGGGCAUAUUUCCUUAUGUACUUAAACUUCUGCAAAGCUCUGCAAAAGAAUUACGUCCUGUUUUGGUAUUUAUAUGGGCCAAGAUCUUGGCAGUAGAUCCUUCUUGCCAGGUGGAUUUAGUUAAGGAUCACAAAUACUUUUUGGCUGUUUUGCAAGACACUUCGGUGGCCAAGGAAUAUCGUACAUUAUCGGCCUUCGUGUUGGCCUGCAUUGUAAAUAAUUUCUUGUUGGGACAAACGAGCGCUUUGCAGGGUUCUCUAGUGUCCAUAUGUCUGGAACAACUUAAUGACGAAAGCUGGCUUUUAAGGCAAUGGUUGGCCAUAUGUUUAGGAAUGCUUUGGCAAAACUUUGAAAAAGCCCGCUGGUCUGGUGUUCGAGAUUUGGCUCAUGAAAAGCUAUAUCCACUACUUAAAGAUCCCAUACCCGAAGUUAGAGCUGCCGCUGUUUUUGCUUUGGGCACAUUUAUCAGUUCGGUAACAGACCGUUCGGAAGAGCAUGCCAAUAAUAUUGAUCGCAUUAUAGCCAUUACUUUAAUCGAAAGUGUUAGCGAAGAUAUGUCUCCACUGGUGCGUCUGGAAUUGGCGGCUGCCCUACAAUGGAUGGUGCUGCUUUUUGAAUCGCAAUUUGUUACGGUAUAUCUGCAAGAACAGCCCAUGUCAUCGUCUUCAUCUGGAGAUCGCAGCGCCAGUGUUAGCCAUGUUUUGACGGGAGUCUCAUUAUCCACUGCCGGUGGUGGUCAUGGGGGUGGCAUGCACCAUCAUUCCACACACAGUCUAGAACGUCAUGCCACCAUGCGACGAGGAGUUAGCUCGAGUUCUAUUUCGAAUAUCAGUUCGGCCGCCAUACCAUUUCAAUCGAUUUUCCUUAAACUUUGGCAGGGUAUCUACCUACUCGGUCAAGAUCCCUUCCCCAAGGUGGCGGAGACAGCUCAAGAGAUUAUAAAACACAUAGAGAAUGCUGCACUCUGCUUGAUUACAGCCAAAGAGGCAACUAAUGAAAAAUGUAUUAGUCUAAGUGUAAGUUUGCCACCAAGUCCAAAUACACGCGUGUCUUAUCUCAGUGGAGGAGGUGCAGGAGAAUCACCGCCUGUUGGUGGUGGUGGUGGGCAACAUGUCAGCCAAUCGAAUCACUGGACGCCGAAACUAAGAAAUCUGGUAAAUGAUCCACAAGCAUUGCUGCAUCGUAAGCUACGUACCACUUCCAUGAAUGAUGAAACGGACAGUUGUGCUGGACCCUCUGCUACAGCAACCAUUAUAAAUGAACCGAAUGCAGCUAGUGGUAAUGGCAGUGGAGGUGUUGGUGGUGUAGGUGGAGGUGAUGGUUCAGCGUCCGGCCAUAGCAGCACAAGUGAUAACAACUUUGAAUCCAAAUCACAUACACUGAAACCAAUUGUAGCGACUGAAUUCAUACCCUGGGCAAUUUCCUAUUUCACCCGACCAGGCAAACAUCGUUAUGCAGCCGAUAAGUCCAGUGAACGGGUACAAGUUUUCCCCAUAGACAAAAAUGAUCCGGUGUUAAGGACCCGUGAAUGUCGUUACCAACGUAACCGUCAAAUAAGACGUCAAGCUAGAGAUCAGCAAACAAGAGCUCUACGUAUCGACACCCAAAGUUGGUCACGUAAAACCCAGUCCACACCCUCUCUGGUCAGAUUGCUGCCAUAUGAACAACAAAUUGCGGUAGCCUACCGAGAGAAGGUCUUGUUGUACGACUGGCAACGUAAUACAGUUCGAACAUUUACACCAACCGCUGUGCCAUCGAAUGCUGCCACUUCACGCCGUAGAACCUCGUCGGCCUCACCACCUCCACAUACGGCCCACAGUACGGUGGCUCGUGUUAGUGCUAUUGAAUUUUUGAAUGCUCAUGAUGUGCCCUUAACGUUGGCGGGACAUGAGGAUGGAGUUGUUCGCAUAUGGCAACCCAACACCAGUGCUACAUCUGAAGAACAAGCACGAGAUUCCCCGGGCCGCCUGGUUACCGCCUGGGUAGCAUUGCCAGCUCUACAGGCUAACUAUUUGGGCGCUUCACCCAGUUUGGGUUCGAGCUCGAAGUACACACGCAAAGACAUUGCCGGAGAUAGCUGUGGCUUGGUAACUUCCUGGCAGCAGUGUUCUCAACAACUAGUGGUAGCUGGCGGAGCAAGUCGUUUCAUACGCAUUUGGGAUGUUGAGCGUGAACUGCGCGUCAGCGACAUUCCCAUCGGCAGCGAACAUAGUAUACGUGUUCUUUCGCCCUUUGCCAGCAAUGCACGUAGUGAACUAAUCGUAGGCGGCUGUGGAGAUGGCAGUGUUCGUCUCUAUGACAAACGUUGUUCACCACAAGAAGCUCGUAUACGUGUCUAUCGCGAAAAUCCUGGUGCAAUACUAAGCUGUUGUCUCAAGGACAAUCAAACAACUCUAGUUAGUGGUUGUUCACAAGGCAAAAUAAGUGUCAUAGAUUUGCGUUCGAAAGCACCCAAUGGUGGUAUACUACAUCAGUGGGAGGUGGGCAAUGAUGUAACCGCUAUAGCGGCCCAUCAAUCGGCCGAUCUUGUAGCUUGCGGUAGCGCUAAUAAAAUCACUAUAUAUAGUACACAACAAGGUGGUCGUAUACACAGUACUUUGCGUAGUAAUGAUAGUUUUAUGGGUCCAAAAAUUGGACAUCCCACAUGUCUAGCUUUCCAUUUACACAAAAUGUCUUUAGCUGUAGGUUUUGUAGACAAUACGGUGGCUGUAUAUGAACCAUCACCAGUUUUAUAAAUUAUGUAGUCGCUGGAAAACUGAUGUCGAUAAAAAUCCCCAAACAUUUGACAAUGUGCGUAAAUUUUUGCAAACAGAUCACAUGCUCGACGUUCUCAAACAACUGCGCAAGAAAACUAAAUUGUCUGACAUUGAUGCACCUACAGCAAGGCUCAUCUAUACGGUGUGUGCCUUUGAAACAGCCUGGCAACGACGCAAAGAACCAUCGGUAUGGUGUCAAUUGCUCGAUCGCAAAUCUAUACAAAUUUUAGAAUUUGCCGAAGAUUUAGAAUACUAUUGGAAUGAUGGCUAUGGCUAUGAAUUGACACAUCAAAUUGCCUGUCCAGCCAUAGCCAAUAUGUUUGAGCAUAUUGACCCUUUAUCUUCUUUGCCAAAUGCUACAUUUUAUUUUACACAUUCAGGCACUUUACUUAAAGUACUGGCACAUUUGGGUUUAUAUAAGGAUGAGGCGCCUUUAACCUUUCAAGAUUAUGGUAAACAACGUAAAUGGCGUACCAGCGCCAUUGAUGCUUUUGCCACAAAUGUGGCUUUUGUUUUAUAUGAUUGUGAAAAUGAAGGUCCUAAGGUCUUAACCAUGCACCAAGAGCAAAUAGUGCACAUACCAGGCUGUCCGGUUGACCAUGAUUUGUGCAGUUUGUCUACUUUGCGCAAACUCUUUGCCCACAGUUUAGACAAUUGUAAUUUCAAUGAAAUGUGUGUUUUAAAUGAAAAAAUCUGAAAAAGAUGCUAACAGUUACCACCACUAUAAUCAACGAACUAGAUUUGUUUACGCAUUAAAUAACAGGCGAACAAAAUACUACGCCUACAAUGUCAAAUGUAUAUUUGGAGAUUCUCUUAGAAUUAAAAAUCCCCUACUUUUUUUUAUUCAUAUUAUUAUUUUGUACAUAAUGUAUAACUGUUUAAGUGUGCGUGCUGUACUUUAUAUGUAGCCCACAAUUUCUAGGUAACAGCGACUAUCAUUUAAACAUUAUCUACAGCAACUAAAUGCAACAAAAUAUCAGACGCUUUAAUUAAUUAUUUCUUUUUCUUUUCACUUAAACUUUUCACUUCUUUUUUCUUGUCGAUUUUUUUUAGUAAUAAUGUGUAAAUAUAUUGUUUCAACUUCUCCUAAAACUUAAACUAAAACUAAUACUUUUUUUCUCUGUUAUGUUGUUAACUUUUUCUUACAAACACUUAUUCCAAUUCAUUUCCUUUCUUUCUAACUUUUUAAACUAAUUCUUGCUGUAAAUUGUAAAUGAAAAAAAAAUGUUUAUAAUUUGAACAAUUUACUUUCUUAAGAAUGGGUUUAUUAUUACUGUAGUUGUUGUGUUGUUUUUAUAACCAAAAUAUUAUACGUAAAUUUAAAUGUAUAAUUUGAUUUCUUUAUUAUUUCUCUUAACAAACUACAAACAACAAACAAUAACUUAACUUUAUUUAGUGACUGAAAUAAUUAAAACAAGAAAAACAAAACAAUUAUACCACAAUUUACACACACACACACAUCUAUAUCUACUCAUUAAACUUUAAAACAACAAGUAGUUAGGAUUAACUAAAAAUAUUACAAAUAUUUUUAAUUGCAUUAUAUUGUGUUCCAGUAAUUAAAACAAAAACAAAAAAACUCUUAAACUACAAUUUAACAAUCUACUAAAACUAUAGUUACAAUCACUCACCCCUUACAACAACACCCCAAAACUUCUAAUUUAAUUUUUGCCCCCUUUUUAAAACAAUCUAAAUCUUAUAUAUUUUUUCUUAUUAUUAACUUAAUAUUAAAGAAAUAACCUUUAAUAACAAGAAUUAUGAUGUUGUGUUUAAAAACAA